ACAUUACAGUUUGAUUUUACCCUGUAAACUUCCGGUUCUCCAACUAAAAUGUCUAAUCAAUAAUAUUCAUCAUACUGUCUCAAAUAACACUUAAAGUGUAUCUUAUCCAUGGUAUCUUUGAAUUUUCAUGUCAAAUGACGGCUUGAGUGUUUAUUUAAACAUGUGUUUGAAUGCAGUUAGAUCAAGUAAAUUGUAGAUUUCCGCUUUAACUCAUAAUUGAAUAUGUACCAUAGGCAGUGGCGAAGUUAAUUUUUCUAACAAUAAACGUUAAUAGAUUGUACAAUAUUUGAAAAUGGAGAAAUAUGUUAAAGUACGAAAAAUAGGAGAAGGUGCAUUCGGGAAAGCAGAAUUAGUCAAGCGGAAAGAUGAUGGAAAUCAAAUGGUCAUCAAAGAAAUUAAUAUCAUUCGAAUGAAUGCUAAAGAACGAGAAGAGGCCAGGAAAGAGGUAGCAGUUUUAGCACAAUUGAAGCAUCCUAAUAUAGUGGCAUACAGGGAAUCAUUUGAAGAACGUGGAUGCUUAUUUAUUGUGAUGGACUAUUGUUCUGGUGGAGAUUUGUAUGCCAAGAUCAACAAUCAACGAGGAGUCCUUUUUGGCGAGGACCAGAUUUUAGACUGGUUUGUACAAAUGUGCCUUGCAAUAAAACACAUUCAUGACAGAAAAAUCCUUCACCGAGACAUCAAAUCGCAGAAUAUUUUCUUGACUAGUCGAGGGCAAGUUCAGCUAGGAGAUUUUGGAAUAGCCAAAGUGCUGAACAGUACUGUAGAGCUGGCUAGGACCUGUAUAGGGACACCAUACUAUCUUAGUCCAGAGAUAUGUGAAAACCUGCCUUACAACAACAAGAGUGAUGUAUGGUCUCUAGGAUGUGUGUUAUAUGAGCUGGCAUCAUUGAAACAUGCUUUUGAGGCUGGUAACAUGAAAAAUCUUGUUUUAAAGAUUAUAAGAGGCUCGUACCCGCCUUUAUCACCCAAGUACAGCUAUGAACUCAGGAACCUUGUCGCGCAGCUGUUUAAACGAGCACCAAGAGAUCGGCCUUCCAUUAACUCCAUACUGAAGAAGUCCUUCAUAUCUCAGAGAGUGCCAAAGUUCCUGAGCUCGGAGGAGUUGGAGUCAGAGUUCAGCCACACAGUGAUGCAUGGCCACAAGUUAGGGCGUGCCCUUCCGCCACCCCCAAAUCCAGCCGCAAGACCCCCUUCUGCCUCUCGCAGUAGACCGGAUAGCGCAGGACCAGCCGCUGCAUCGGCCGCUAAGAAGUACGACCCUUCCAAGAUAUAUGGUCAGCCUGUUGUCAGAAAGUCAAAGGAAAACAGAGCUCCUGGUGAUGUGAGGAAGCGUCCCGGAAGUGCUGGUUCUGGUUCCAGGCCUGGCAGUGCAGCAGGGUCCAGACCAGGUAGCGCUGGGAACCGGCCGGCUAGUAGUCAGGAGAUACAGAAGAAAAAGAUGGAGUUGUUGGAGAAAGAGAAGGUCAGGCGGGAGGAGGAGAAGAAACGAGAGUUUGAGAGGAGACGCCAAGAGCUGCAAGAAAAACAAAAGGUAAACCGUAUAAACAAGGCACGGGAGGCGGGUUGGAAUAGCCUCAUUGGAUCUCUAGAGUCUGACAGCGGGAAAGAAAACCAGAAGCAGGAGAAUAAAGAGCCAGCAAGAGUGCCAGUGGCUGCUGCCCCACCCCCACAAGUAGCCCCCAGGCCGGGUGCUGUUGGUGCGGGUGACUACAACGGCAAUGCAGGCCGUGGAGGGGCAGGCAAGUAUGAGCAGUACAACCAGUACCUGGACAAGCUGGAACGGGAGAGGGAGCUGAGGCAGAAACAGCAGGGCGUGCCUCUACCACAAAAAUCCCCUGCAGCCUACAUGGCAGCCCCUAUGGCAGUCCCACGGCCCCUGCCUGCGGCCCCCAGGAAUGUGCGCCCAGUACCUGCUGACCCCUGGAGGCGAGCCCCUGAACCCUCACCUAUGUAUCAGCCCUACAAUGAACGAGGUCAGAACCAGUCGGAACAAAGAGCCCAGCUAGUGGAUGAGUUCAUCAACCGUCGUAGAGAGGCUGCCAUAAACAAACAUCGAGGCCAGGCUGAGCUGUUUGGGCCAUCUGAUCCUGCGCAGAGACGGGCACAAACACCUGACAAAGCGAGACCGUCAGGAGCGGAUCAGAAGCCGACGCCGGCGGGCGGUGAUCGGAACAAGGAGGAGCAGGAGUAUCUGGAGAGGCUUCGACAGAUCAGGCAGCAGAACUACAACGAGCGCAGGAACCUGCAGGCCAAGGUCGAGCAGAAUAGGAACCCUAAUGCAGAGGAGAGGAAGAAAAAAGCAGAGGCUUUGAAAAAACAGGCCGAGGAUUGGGCCAAGCAGCGGCAGGAAGAGCUGGAAAAGAAGAAACAGGAAUUCCUGGAUAAGGAACGCCAAGCCAGAGAGCAGAGGCAGAUGGCAGCUUUGAACAGGGGAGUGAAGCCAGGUCCAGCAAUGCCUAUCACAGGGGCUGUCAACGCUAUCGGAGCCAAACCAAGGGUGGUGGAAGAACCACCUAAACCACCGACCCCUGGUAUGACCAAUGCGCUGGGAGCCAUAGGAGUCCAGGCCAGGGUUGUGAACAAUGAGGAACCAGAGAGAGCUAAAACUCCCUUACAAAAACAGAAAGAGGACAUUUUGAAGAAAGCAAAUGAAAAGGGGCCACCACAGGGGGCAGAAGAGGCUGUAGAGUCUGCGAGGCCCAAGUGGGGUGCAGGGGACAGGGCCCUGAAGUUUGCAGAGAGUGAGGCAGACGCUGAUAGCAGUCGGUCCCAGUGGGGAGCUCCCAAUGACCUUGACCUUGGCAAGCUCACCUUGGAAGAGACGUCCUCACAGAUGGAAGCUACAAGUGCAAGGGAUAGAGUGAUAGUUAAUCCAGAUUCGGCCAGAAGACAAUGGGGACGCCCUGGUGCAACCGUUGUGAAGGCUUUACAAGGCGUUCCAUUGGUGGAGCAGACUUUUGCCAUGCCUAGCGAUGAAUCAGGUGGCUCCCAAAGUUCUGCCUCAACCAACGAGAGCCCUGCAGUGACUGCUGGGCCCGGGCCUGUAACAGGUGUGGGCUCUACCAUCACAAUAUCCAGCAAGCCUACUGGGGUCGCUGAAAAGAGCCCUGCUAUUAUUGUAGCACGAUCGCCCAUUGCUAAAGGAACCAUUACUUUACGCACUGCUGAUCAAAAUAAACCAGGAGCAGAUAUUACAUCAGAGGAGACUAUACUGAGUGAACUUACUCCAGUGAAAGAAGCUUCUGCCUGCAAAACUCAAUCACCAACCAAAGGGAAAUCACCUUCACACUCCCCGGCAAAGAGAUCACCAGUUCCUUCCCCUGUUUCUGAACUUUCUACUGAUAAUAAUAAAAAUGAACAUACAGAAGCAUCAGAAGAGGACAAACAAGCUGUGGACAAUGAAGAGCAAUCAAAAUCUCUUUCUAAUGUAAAUCAGAAGCCUCCAGUUCCGACUAGAAAGCCUCCUCUGCCAGACAAGCCUGUUGUCUUGCCUAAACCAGUGCUGUUACCCAAGCCCGAUGCACCCAAGGAAUUUGCUUCAAGUCAGCCAGUGUCAGUAAAAAAUGUGGGGGCGGGCACUCUGUUUGAGAAGGUGGAGUUAGAAGAUGAGAACCAAUCAGACAAAGGCAAGAAAGACAGCAGCCAAUCAGAAAAUUCUGAAGAUAAAGUCGUUGUCAGGGAGCUUCCAGAGGAAGGUGAAAAACCAAUGAAGAAAACUGGCCUGGUUCUCGGCAUCACGAUGGGUAGUUUUGACAUCGGCCAUCGAGAACUUCUGAGGACCUGCUCGGAGCCAGAUCUGGCGAGCCUCUUUAAGACAAUGGCUGAAGAAAUGCCUUGCAAAGCUAAGGCUAAAAGUGUGGAAGAUAUGACAACUGUUAAUGAGGAGGAAGAAAGCCUGGAGGAUGUGUAUGACAAUAUGGGGCAGGCUGUCCUGUCAGCAGAGGCAGCUGGAGAUGAGGAGGAGGACCUAGGGGCAGGAGUAGAUGUCCCCAUUGGUAGUAGUGAGGUGGCGGUCACCCCUAGGGUGGAGGGCCAGGAGGAAAAUGAGGGGAAGAAGCAGGAGGCUGAUGACAAUGAUGGGGAUGAUGUCGAGUUCCAGGAUGAUGAGGAUGAAGAUCUACAAGAGUUGAUGAGUGUACGUGAAAGUAUGCAGAGAGUUGUUGAUUCUGAUGAAGACAGUCAGAAGAGUCCAAUCAAGUUCAGCCUGUCCAGUGACAGAGAGAGUCGCAUGUCCAGUGAUAGAGAGAGUGGCAAUGGGGGCGCUGACCUUGACACAGAGGAGGAUCAGAUGGACGGGGAGGAGGGGGUUGAUAAUGAGGCUGGAAAUGAGGGGGAACAAGAGGAGGAGAUUAUUGAUCAAGAUGUUGCUGAUGGUGAUGUGAACCGCUCCAUAUCUGUUGAUAAUGAGAACAUAGAGACACCAGAGGACAGCCAUGAUGAUCAGUCGGAACUUUUCCCCACUGACGACAGUGACAGCGAGUUUAACGAUGGUGAUGAUGCUGCUGACUUUGACGUGUUUGGUCGCCUGGAGGCAUCUCGAGCACAGCUGGAGGAGGCAUUGGGGGCCACAAAACUUGUCAGGGUCUACAAAACAGUACAGGCCCUAAUGGAAGACGAGGAUGAGAACAUGGAGGAGGGAGCCAGGCUGGCUAUUGAGAUGCUGGGAGCCGAUCACAAGCACCUGUAUCCACAGAUCUUCCAGCUGGUCAUGGCCGACGCUGCGUUCACUGAUGACAAUCUGAGCUGAGGCGCAGAGGCAAAACAAUUGCAAGUUUUCAAUGUGCAAUGGAAUAACAAUGGAAUAACAGGACAGCUGUUGAAAGAACCAAUAUCAACCUAACAUUUAAAUUGUUUCCUGAUUAUUUACUGUCUGGUGUUUUCAGUGUUAAACCUAAGGAUGUGUGCUGUGGGGAUGGCUUAUAGGUACUUAGUAAAAUGUGUUGCGAUGUUAAUGUUUGAAAGAUUAUGUUUAUAAAUAUAAGUGAUUUAUGAAUAAUUUACAGAGUACCAUAUAUCUAAAAUGGAUAUAUUCAAAAUAUUGCAUUUAUUUGAUUACAUUUGUAGUAUUUGAACAUUAAUAUGUUCAUUCUUACAUGUAGAUGCUAGGUGGGAGGUACAUUGAAACAUUUAUGUAUUAAAUUUUGUUGCAUUUUAUAUGCAUACUUUUUUUUACUGCUCUACCUUUUUAUGCAACAGAAAUUUCCAAAAUAUUCAAUGCUAUUGUGCUUAACUCUGAAGAUGUGUGAUAUAGUAUAAGUAUGACUGUCAUACUCAUAGAGUUGCUUAUCAUUUUACUUCAGCCCUUACUUCACCUGUGUUACAUAUAUUUGGCAUUAGCAUAGUAUAUUCAUACAAGUUUAUUGUUUAUGUGAUAAUUACAUCGUCUCUGCUACUUAAAUUGUUUGUGAUAUUUUUUCGACUACUAUAUGCAUUUCAUUUUCCUGCUUAUGACAGAGCCUUUAUUGGACAAAUUUUAUUUGUGCUAGCUUAAAGCUGUCUAUUGACUAAUUUUUUUUCAUAUUGUUUUGAAUUUGUAAUGUUGUUUUCCCCCAAAAAUGGUAAAUUCAUUUAAUCUGUAUCAUUAUCAUAUUGUUUAGAAGUGUUUCAACGAAUCAGCAAGCUGGGCAACGAAUCAGCAAGCUGGGCUACCAAUAAUCCUCUGGCCCUUGCAACAGGCAAUUUAAAAUAAUCCAUGCUAGCUCAACAGCUGAUUACAUUGUGAAAGAAUGAUGGAAUUGCAGAAUAGCAAAUAUAGUCUGACUGUCUGACACUAGACAGUUUGUUUGGUCAUUAAACUAUUUGUAGAGUUGCAUUUAAAGUUAUGUUUACAUUUUAAGGCAUAAGAGUCUUUUACCAUCUUCAUAUUACAUUUUGAAGCAUCUGUAAAAGAGUGUUAUAAAAUAAUAUAUUUGCCUACUAGCAAAAUGGCGCUUAAUAAAUGUGACUAAAGUGUCUUCCAAUACUAGCCUGUGCAGUCCACACAGGCUAAUCAUGGACUACACUUCUGCCUGGACUGGAUUUUUUUUAAAGAUGAGACUUAAUCUGUUAUGACACACUAUGUAUAUAGCGUAGUUCAUAUUUAUUAUAGUUUUAUAAAUUAAAAAGGCGAUAGGCCUAUCUGAAUCCGUCCUUGCGUGAAAUAGAUGAUGUUCACCAUUUCAUCCCUUGCGUAUUUUAUUAAUGAAGUUUUGUCUUAAAGUAAAGCAAUUGUAAACUUACUUAGAUAUAAGGCUAUAUGAAAAAUCGUUUUAAAUAAGCUUUCCUGUCGAGUGCUGGAAGUGAGAAUUAUUUGGGUAAAUGUCAAUUUUAUAAAUAUUUAUGUUUUGCGUCCUAUAUGAUUUCUGCAUGUUACUUUUAUACAAUUCAGUCUUAUGCUAUAUUGUUUCUACAAAGUUUGGUUGAGUUAAAGAUGCUCAAUAUAUACAUGUGGGCGUCACAUAAGAUUAGUUUAAGAUUCUUUAUUGAAAAUGAACAUGUGCUUAGUCAAUCUAGAAAUUGACACUAGUUAAUAAUUUACCAUUAACUACGUUGGUUAUUUAACAUUUCAUAGAAGCAAAUAAUUAGAUUAUUGUGAAAAAGUGUCUAUUAUAUAUGCAUAUGUAUUAAAACGUUGUCGUCUGAUUUAAA